UUGUUGCGUUUCUGUGUGUUUGGGACAAAGUGCUCGACCCUCUUCUCAGUUUUGCCUGUUUGACACAGACCAUCACAUUAUAUUAUUAUGAGAAUAUAGUGUGCUUUUUCUUUGCCACUCUCUGAAUUAACUGGAGACUGGAGCCAUGGAGAUGUGCAUGAGGAAGUAUUUGCGAGGAAUUUGGGUUCUCCUACAUCUAACAGCUUGUGUGGCAGGUAUGACAGGGAGAUGUAGUCUGUUCGGAAGGCACCAUGUUCACACGUUUGAUGGAGUUUUGUACGAGUUUCCCGGAGGCUGCAGCUACCUGCUGGCUGGGGACUGCAACCAUCGCUCCUUCACACUUCUGGGUGAUUUUGUCAAUGGCAAAAGAACCGGAGUCACUCUGUAUCUGGGAGAUGCCUUUGAGUUGCACCUGUCUGUAGAUGGCAGGCUCACACAAGGAGAAAACAGACUCUCUCUGCCCUAUGCAUCUCAUACUGUCUUUGUGGGCUCAGAGCUGGGCUUUUAUAAGCUCUGGAGUGAGGAGUUUGGCUUCACUGUUACCAUCGAUAAUGCGGCCAACAUCGCCCUGACACUGACCAAGCACCAUGCCAACCGCACCUGUGGCCUCUGUGGAAACUUCAACACCGUACCAAAUGAUGAAUACACCGCUCAAGAGGGGUUCCUGACAGAGGACAGUUAUGACUUUGCAAAUUCAUGGGCAGUCAAGGGGGCCGAGCAGUCUUGUCGUCGUGUCUCAAAGCUCAGCCAGUCCUGUAACAACACCAAAGACACUCCAUUGAUUUUGUCCAGCUGCAGUGUGUUGCAGACCUCCAGUGUUUUUCUGCAUUGUGCCCACCUGGUCUCUCCUGAGGCGUUCCUGUCGCUGUGUCAAGAGGAGGCGUGUCACUGUGACAAGAAGGCGGGGGAAGACUGCUACUGUCCAAUCCUGUUGGAGUAUGCCCGGACCUGCCACGCCCAUGGGAUACUUCUACGGGGAUGGCUGGAGGAGAGCCAGUGCUUCCCCAAGUGUCCAAUUGGGAUGCAGUACAGUGAAUGCACCAAGUCCUGCUCUACAAACUGCCAUAGUCUCAACAUCCAGGAGGUCUGCAAGGAGGAGUGUGUGGACGGCUGUACAUGCCCUGUGGGUAAGGUUUUGGACGGUAAUCGCUGUGUGGAGGUAUCUCAAUGUUCCUGUGUGCACAUGGGACGACACUUCCCUCCAGGAUCCACUAUCUCUCAGGACUGCAACACCUGUGUGUGUCGUCACGGUUCUUGGGAAUGCACCAAUGAAGGCUGCCCUGGUGAGUGCUUGGUGGUGGGCCAGUCGCACUUCAAGACCUUUGACAACAAGUUUUUCACCUUCACUGGCCACUGUCAGUAUCUGCUGGCGAGUGACUGCACAGACAGCGGCUUUUCUGUCAUCAUUGAGAACGUGCAGUGUGCAGAUGAUCAGGAUGCUGUGUGCACACGCUCAGUGACGCUCAGCCUGCCCAUUCUGGAAGAUAUGACAGUGAAGUUGAAGCACGGGGGAGUUGUCUCUGUCAACAGCAUGGAUAUCCAGACCCCAAUGCAUCAUGGCCGCCUGCAUAUCCAGAGAUCUGUCCAGUCCUCUGUACGCGUCAAGUUUGGAGAUGACCUUCGUCUAGACUGGGAUGGGCGGGGCCGGGUGCUCCUUAAGCUGGGACCAGGAUGGGCUGGGCGAACCUGUGGUCUCUGUGGUAACUUCAAUGGGAACCAAGGUGAUGACUUCUUGUCUGGUUCUGGACUAGUAGAGGCAGGUCCUCAGGUAUUCGGCCAGUCUUGGAGGAUCAACGGAGACUGUGAAUCCAUGCACAGACAUGAGAUCGAUCCAUGUGCCACUAACCCCAAAAGAGUACGUUUUGCAGAGGAGGCGUGUGCGGUGAUGAUGUCCGAUGUGUUCAGUCCGUGCCACUUUCUGGUGAACCCGGCUCAGUUCCAGAGAUUCUGUCGGUAUGAUGUGUGUGCAUGUGUGGAUGGUGAGGAGUGUCUCUGCUCCGCUCUGUCCGCCUAUGCAGCUGCCUGCGCCUCCCGAGGAGUGCUGCUUAACUGGAGGACUCCCUCGCUCUGUGAGUUGGAGUGCCCCGAGGGCCAAGUGUACGAGGCCUGUGGGAGUGUGUGUGACCGGACAUGCCGCGCUCUGUCUGGGGCUGAGGCCGACUGUGAGGGGGAGAGGGUGUGUGAGGAGGGAUGUUUCUGUCCCACUGGAACGUACCUGAGCGACGUUGGAAAAUGUGUGACAGCUGACCAGUGCACCUGCCUGCAUGACGGACAGCUCUACCAGCCUGAUGACGUCUAUGCGGAUCAUAACAGUAUUUGCUACUGUGAGAAUGGCUCAAUGCGCUGCAGCUCCACCGAAAUGAGCACUUUGCUGUCGGACCUCUUCUACGAUGAUGACCUGGCCCCAUCCAGAGAGCGGCGGUCUGCCCAGUGCCCUCCUCCAUUGGUUCAUUCGAAGUGUGGUGCCGGAGAAAAAGGCCUGGAAUGUGCCAGGACCUGCCAGAACCUGGACCUGCCCUGUGUCAGCCUCGCCUGCAUCCCUGGCUGCCUCUGUCCUCCCGGCACAGUACGUCACCGCAGAGACUGCAUUGCACUGGAGCAGUGUCCCUGUUACCAUAACAACAGACCAUAUACAUCAGGACAGACCAUCUCUGUGGACUGCAACACCUGUGUGUGUGAGAAGAGGAAGUGGCGCUGCACAGAGAAAGUGUGUGAUGGUGUGUGCCGCACUGUCGGGGAGGGGCAUUACAUCACUUUUGAUGGGCUCAAGUACUCCUUUCCUGGCCUCUGCCAAUAUGUCCUGGUCCAGGAUAUGUGUAACGGAGAGGAGGGUUCAUUCAGAGUGCUGGUGGAGAAUGAGGCCUGUGGAAUUGUGGGACAUCGCUGUGCAAAAGCUAUCACAGUCUUCUACAAUGGAGGGUUGAUUGUAAUGCAACAUGGGGAGGUGAAGAUGAAGAGCCCGGUGCUUUUGGGCUCACAGGUGGAGAUUGUGCGAUCUGGACAGUUUUACACACUGCUGCUGGGGAAGCACAUUUCCCUCAGCUGGGACAAGGGAACCCGUCUCCUGGUCCACAUCUCAGCCACAUACAGGGGUCGGGUGUGUGGUUUGUGCGGUAACUUUGAUGGAAAUGUCAACAACGACUUGAUAAGUAGUAACAACCAGCUGGAGGUGGACUCCUCCCACUUUGGAAAUUCCUGGAAGGUCGCUCCGAGCUGUGCCGCUGUAACACAGAUUCCUGCUCCAUGCAGCGACAACAUUGUCAAGUUAGUAACAGUGGAGCAAUCAUGCCGGGUGAUCACUGGUCCCCCAUUUAGAGAAUGCAACAGCCAGGUGGAUGCAGAGCCAUACGUGGAGAUGUGUGUGGAAGCAGCAUGCUCUUGUCCAUCAGUGGGCGACUGUGCGUGUUUCUGUGACGUCAUCGCGGCCUACGCUCAGGCUUGUUUGGAGAGGGGUGUGUCUGUCAGCUGGAGGUCCAAUGAUCUUUGCCCCAUGAGCUGUGAGGAGCUGAACCCAAGGGGCCCAGGGGGCCUAGGGGAGGAGUUAUGCCAGUGGAGGUAUAAUUCUUGUGGCCCUGCCUGCCCAAUAACCUGCCAGCAUCCAGAGUCCCUCCAUUGUUCGCUCUCAUGUGUGGAAGGUUGUCAUGCUGUCUGCCCCCCAGGCCAACUACUGGAUGAGGUGGCCAUGCGUUGUGUUGAUCCCUCUCAGUGUCAAGUGUGUAUCCAUGAGGGUCAGAGAAUCUCCCAUGGCAACAAGGUCAUGCUGAACCACGAUAAUCCAGACCACUGCAAGAUAUGUCACUGUGACAACAACACCCUCAGCUGUGAAGUUUGUACGUCCGUCACCAUGUUCACGACUGCCACACCAACUCCCUCCUAUGCCCAAUUCACAACCCUUCCCUUCACCACCUUAAUGCCCGAGGGCACGUGUGACCGCGCCAUGGAUCUGGCAUUCCUGUUGGAUGGUUCAGAAGCCCUGAGUGAAGAUGAAUUUGAGGCCACCAAAGAGUAUAUACUGGGAGCGGUUGAACGAUUUCGCAUGGGCUCCGCUCACACUCGAGCCACUGUACUGCUUUAUCACUCUGGAGUGAAAACAUAUGACCUGCAGGUUAAAAAGUGGCUAUUUAAGAAGACUGUGCGUGAGCUGCAUUACACAGGAGGAGAAGCAGCCUUCUUGGAUGAGGCUGUCAAGUAUCUGGUUAUCAACAUCUAUGAUAAGAACAAGCGUGAGCAUGCUGGCCGAGUUGCGAUCAUCUUGACUGCCAGUGCCAACCCUCGUCCUGUCCGGUCCAUCGUCAAGAUGCUCCGAAAGAAGGCCAUCACCGCCCUGACAGUCGCACUGGGUCCUGGGGUAAACAUGGGGCAGAUUAAUGACAUCACCAAGGCCAACCCAGAAAAUAGGGCCUAUGUGCUCAGCAGCACAGCCGAGCUGCCUGAUCGUCUGUUGGAGCUGUCAGAUUACCUCUGCACCUUGGGGAUGGAGCCCGAGGUGCCGACUCCUCCGGCCCCAAAGUCCACUCCCGGCAAAGCUCUCCAGGGCACGACCACCACUACCCAGACUCCUCGUCUGGAACCGAACCCCACACAACACCUCCCUAACACCCCUACGUCCACUGCACCCUCAGGCCUGUCUCCUAUCACCACAUCGCCAUCUUCCAUUCGUCCAGUAAAAGAUGUCACAUUCAUAUUGGAGGGUUCAAAUUCAGUCGGCGAGGGAAACUUUAAUAAGUCGCUCCUCUUCCUGAUGGAAGUUAUCUCACAGCUGACAGAAAAGGAGGAGUCUAUUCGCAUCACUGUGAUCCAGUACUCAGUAACGGUCACUGUGGAGAUCAGCCGGUGGGAAAUGAAGCGGCAGAAGACCGAGGUGCUGCGACGACUGAGGGAGAUUCGUUGGAGGGGUGGAAGCAUGACAAACACAGGCACAGCUGUAUCUACGACCCUCCAGGCUGCAAACCAGCUGCCACGUGGCUCCACCCCUCCUCAGCUCGUAUUUCUUGUGACAAAAAACCUACCUACCGACACAGUGCCACGCCCACCUUCUACCAGCACCUACACACAAGUGUAUCCUAUUGGAGUUGGUCCAAAAUUGCGCGAGAUUGACUUGUUGCCAUUCAGCUUCCCUCAACGUCCGAUGAUUGUGAAAGACUACAACAGUCUGCAGACCCUGGUCACCCACAUAGUCAAUAUCACACAAACCUCAGUGAGACCACGCUCUCCGACUCUGCCUCCACUGGUCCCCACAACACUCUCCAGCCUGCCACCCUCAGUGCCGUGUAAGAAGCCUGUGGAUGUGAUGUUCCUGUUGAAGGCGGGAAACCAGUUUGAGGACAUGAAGACGUUUGUCAAAGCUUUCAUCAAGAAUGCUGACAUAGGGCCGAAUGGCACUCAGGUGAGUGUGGUUCAGUAUGGAGACACCAACACAGUGGAGCUCACCUGGAAGGAUGAACAGAGCAAAUCACACCUCCUGAACCUGGUUGAGAGAAUACCAAGAAGGACCACUGCUGCCCCCGCACUAGGGUCUGCACUGCGAUUUGCGGUGCAGAUGUCCAUCUCGCCGGUCAGUGGUGGAAGAGUGGGCGUAGCCAAGGCUGCGGUGAUGCUGGUGACUGACAAAUCAGCCGAUGAUGUCAAAGAGGCAGUUAAUGAAGGACUGGCAGCAGGUGUGUCAGUGUUCCCCAUCGGGGUGGGACCAGGCUACAACAGGAGUGAGCUUAGCAUGCUUGGGCGCCAUGGCAACCAAGAAAACACCCUAUACUUGAACAGCAUGGAUCAAUUACUGAUGUUGCUGACUCUGGACCAUGGUUACAUAGAAAGGAUCUGCAGAGCUGGUCCACCAGGAGUGUGUGUCGAUGAUGAUGGAAAUGAGAGAAAACCUGGCGAGACAUGGCUGCUGGAGGACGGCUGCCACUCGCUCCUGUGCCAUCCCAGCGGGGCAGUGACGGUACAGAAUCACAAAGUCAGCUGUGACAGACUGGAGCCACCAGCCUGCAGAAACAACAUAACACCUGUCAAAGUCCAGGAGACCUGUGGCUGCCGCUGGGAAUGUCCUUGCAUAUGUACAGGCAGAUCCACCAAUCACGUGGUGAGGUAUGACGGCUUGGCACUUCGGUUGGAUGGGGAGGGCUUGUGCUCCUACACACUGCUCACUGUCAGCAGAGGCAUCGGUCAAGGGUCAGAGGUCAAACUCCAUAGUGGACCUUGUCAGGACUCAGAGAAUUACAACCGAGUCUGCAUGAAAGUCAUGGAAGUGAUUCACGGACCGCAUAAGCUGCUGCUGAAGGAUGAUAUGACGGCAGUGAUUGAUGGGGAGGAGCUUGCACUGCCGUGGCGAUACGGUGGCCUGGAGCUGGUCCGUUAUGGAGGUGUGAUGCUGCAGCUGAAAUCAGACCAUGGUUAUGUCCUGACUUGCACUCCGCAGAGAAAUGAGUUUACCAUCACCCUGCUGAGUUCCACCAUGACUGGCCACACUGCUGGACUCUGCGGAGCAUGUGGCGAGGAACAGGUUAAUGUCCUCUCUUUACGUAAUGGCACUUCGACCGCUGACCAGCCAGCCUUCAUCUCAGACUGGACCGUGCCUGUAGAUGGCAGUGUGUGUCUGCCAAAACAGAGGCCAGUGUGUGUGUCUACAGCAGCGAUGGGAUGUCAGGCCCUGCGUUCAAAGGUGUUUGAGCCCUGCUACAAGCACAUCCCCAUCCAGGUGUUCCUCGCCAAGUGUGAGGAGCAGGCAUGUGAGGAUUCUGAUGUGUGUGAGCUCAUUUCUGCCUAUGCACGCCUCUGCAGACAGAGGGGCGUGUGUGUUGACUGGAGGAAACCCCACCUCUGCCCAUAUCCGUGCCCCAGAUCCAUGGACUAUGAAGCAUGUCGGACGGGUUGUGUCGAGGACUGUGGCAACAUACAGACAUUACGUGGUGACUGGUCAGUUGCCAGGGGUAACGAGUCAUCCUGUAUGGUUACACCUACUGAGGGCUGUUUCUGUAAUGGAGGGACAGUCUUGCAUCACGGACAGUGUGUAUCACGAGAAGCAUGCAGCCAGUGUGUCGACAACCGUGGACACACAUAUACGUAUAUGCAGAGUUGGGUACCAGAUGAGAACCCAUGUUUGAUUUGCAUGUGUUUGGACAAACAACACAUCAACUGCACCGCCCGGCCCUGCAAUGAUAUCAAACCUCCAGUGUGCGGACCCUGUGAGAUCUUGAAGGAGAAGAGAGAAUCCAAGUGCUGCCCCGAGUAUGAGUGUGUGUGUGAUCGAGUGAAGUGUGACCUUCCUGAAGUGCCCCGAUGUGAGGAUGGUCAGACUGUGGUUCUGAAAAACCCUGGGGAAUGUCAGCCCAUACAUGAGUGCGUCUGCAGAAAGGAAGAGUGCGCUCUUCGCGCUCCCCUGGUGGCUUGUUCCGCACAUCGCCAACCGUCAAUCAAAAAGACAAAGUGCUGUGAUGUGUAUGAAUGUGCGUGCAGCUGCCAGAACUCCACCCGCUCCUGCCCUGCUGGGUUCUCGACGUCCACCUCAACCAACGACUGUGGCUGCACACAGACCAGCUGCCUGCCAGACUUGGUGUGUGUGGUCGGUGGCGUGAUUCACCCAGUGGGGAGUGAAUGGGAGGAGAGAUGUGAGAAGUGCCGCUGUACCCAGCUGCAGGACAAAGAAACAUCUCUGCACGUUGCUCAGUGUACCCCACCUGUCUGCGAUCGGACAUGCCCUUGGGGCUCAACAUACAGUUCGUCAGAAGGACAGUGCUGUGGAAAGUGCAAGCCAACCAGCUGUGUGGAGUCGGAGGGCGUGAUGCGAGGGGACACACUCAUUGGGGGAAAGCUCAGACAUGUGGGUGAGGAAUGGCAGUCCCCACAUGACAAAUGUGUGCUACAUCAGUGUGUGAAAGUUGGAGAUGAAGUGUUCGUCUCUGCGUCUAACAUCAGCUGCUCUGCUAUGGACACUCCGUCCUGCCCUCUGGGGACCGAGUUACACUGCGACAACCAGGACUGCUGCCCCCGAUGCCACUGCGCUACCAUGGAUGCCUGUGUCCUCAACAACACUGUGAUUGGAGCCGGGGAGACGCUGAUGGUGGAUGUGUGUACACAUUGUGAGUGUAUGGUGGAGAAUGGUGUCAUGAGGAAAUACAGACUAUCCUGCAGGCGAACCAGCUGUCCCACUUGCCCCAUGGGAUACACUCUACAGAAGGAGGACAACGCUUGCUGUGGCCACUGUGUUCCCACCGCCUGCUUCCUGCAAAAGCCGGAUGGAGAACUGAUCAGUCUGAAGGUGAACACCACUAGUGAGGACGGUUGCAACUUAUAUACCUGUGGUGUGAACAGUAAUGGAGAUCUCGCCCUGCACACCAGAGUGAGCACCUGCCCUCCUUUUAACCGCCAAGCUUGCCUGGACGAGGGGGGGAAAGUCAGCCAGAUUGGAACAACCUGCUGUGAGAUGUGUAUGGAGCCACAGUGUCGGAGGACAGUGGGAACGCUCAAGUCCAUCAGAGUGGAUGAUUGCCAAUCGGAGCACCAGAUAGAUUUGCACUACUGUGAGGGCAAAUGUCUCAGCAAGUCCAUGUACUCUCUGGAGAGGGCCGCUGUGGAGCAGGAGUGUGUGUGCUGUGCUGCUGUGGAGACAGAGCCUCUCAGUGUUCCUGUCCUGUGUGCCAAUGGCACUCGUAGCCAACACACCGUCCUGUCAGUCACCGCAUGCGACUGUCUGUCCAAACACUGCACCUAGGGAGAGAGUUUAUACGUUUAGAUGGUGUCUGUGUAUCCAAGCAACAUGUACCCGAUUUAGAACAGCAACACAAAUGACAAUAAAAAAAACCCGCCAGUUUCUGUAACGGCUA